GAGAAGAACGGUGACAGAGGUGCGGAUGUCUAGAGCCCCCCAGAGCUCGGUAUCGUCAGUUAGAGGGAGAAAUUACCUAGCAGGAGUAGAGAAAGUGGUGAAGAGGACCACUACGCAAUCUACACAGACCCCCCCUUUGUGCCAGCUGCGUGCCAAUCAAACCACCCCGGCCCCCAAGAGUGUUCGUACAGUAGGUACGAUGGGAUCUAAGGUCUAUCUGGAGGUGAGACCCAACACUUGCUGGAAGUGCGGCAAGACAUGCCCCUCGCGGCAGGAGUGUCGAGGUCCACCACUCCUAUUUUGCAGCAGAUGUGGUUUGAUAGGUACGCAGACCAGGUACUGCGAAUGCGUACCCAGGAAACUGGCCCCACGGCCGACAGCAACUAGGUCGGAACAACCAGCCCUGCGUCCAUGUGCAAGAUGCACAGAGAGGGAGGCCACGCAGCGGAGAGAAGAGAGGACUACUCACCAGAAAAUGAGAGAGAAAAAAGAUGAUGGGGAAAAUAUAACAAAUAAAAAGAAGAUACCGGUGUUUUUGUUUCCUAAUCCUGUAAACUGUGUAAAACAAUAUAGGGCCUAACCCAA